UAUUAUGUAUAUGAGAAAUUAGUGGUGAAUUGUGUCUAUAUAAUAAAGGUGAUCCUAAAAGGAACUUCUUUCUAUGUGUUACAAAGUUCUCAUAUGUUACAAUAUAGAAAGUUCUUAAUGAGUUUACUCGUAAAUUUAGUUAUUGUAUAUUUUGAUACAAGAGAUAGAUGGAGAUGAUUAAUUGUGUAUUUUUAUGAUAUGUUAUCUCGAAAUUUAAAAUAAUUGUUUGACAAUACUUAUUACGUUCUAAUCAAGAAGGUGGUUCAUGUUAACGAAAAUAAAAUCUUGAAACUUGUCAGAUCAAUGUGUAUUUGAGCACAUUUGAAGCAUAUUAGUCGUUCUAGGUCGUAUGGGUCUAUAGGUGCACAUCUUUUGAGCCAGAUAAAAAUUUUCUAUGUGCACAUUAUUUAUUUGUUUCACAUUAUUGUCCCCACUUUAUUAACUAAUGCAAAUUACCCAGGAAAAAUAUGUAAAUAUUUUGCUAAUUAAUUAACUCAACGAUCCAAUAUCAUUGACUUAUAUUCCAACUUCUUUUGAGAAAGGGUUUCACAUCCAAUAAAUACAAUCAAAAUGCAAAUCAUCAUGCAGAAGAAGUUUCUCGCAAACGAAAGAAAGAAUCAAGGCAACGUGUGGACUUCAUUUAACAGCCACGUGUCCAUCACUAUGAUCACCUCCACCGGCCUCGCCCGUCAAAUUCCUCAUUUUGUUGUUGUAAUUAUAAGCCACAGAAAAGUAGGGGGAAAAAGAGGAAUAAAGAUCAGAAAUAAAAGUCUCAGGGAAAGCCCCUGGCUGGCUGCUGCAUUCAUCUUCCGAUUCCUUCUCCAACAAACCAAAAACUCACCCACACAGAUUCAUUUCCCAUAUCCAUAAGCCAUUCCCAUCCCAUCAUUCCCCCUCUUUCUGUCGACGAAGAAGGAAUCUUGUCUGUUUCCGCCAUUGAUUCUUCCUCCUGCUGCUCGAAAAUUCUCCCUGAUCUUCUGCUUCCAGGUUUCUAAUAAUCCCUAUUCUCCUUCUCCUUCUUCUUUCUUCUUUCCAUUUCCGUGCUUCUGUCUCUGUAUGUAUGAUAUCCAUAGAUUAGCGUUAUAGAUUUCCGCCUCUUGAUUCUAAUUUGGUCUGAAAGGAUGAGACUUUCUUGUUAAUUUGGCGAGGGUUAUUACUGUAUAUACUUGCUUUCUCUUUCUGGGAUUUGGGGGAUUCUGGGUUGCUGGGACUUGGUAGCUUUCGUAUAUUUGAGUUUUUGGGUUGUGCUUAGUUUGGCUGGUAUAGUAGUUGUUAUUGAGACAAAUGGUUUCCUAUUUUUGGUUGAAAUUUAUCAGUUCUUUCUGAAAAAGCUAUGGUCUUCUAAUCGUUUAGCGUUUUGGAUUAGGGCUUGUGGAAUCGCAUUACAAUUGGACAACAAGGGUAUUUCUUCUUGGAGUUUGGAAGGACGAAGGGGGCUCUGAAGCUGUAGGUGUUUGUAAUUGCAUCUUGUGAGCAUGGCGGAAUCAAUUGCAGCAACUUCCAUCGCUGGGUACAGGCCGUUUGUUUGGGGAUUUUCGGUUAAAGAUCCAUCUUCCCCAAGAAAGCAACGUUCCUACAACUGUAGGUUGCCUCUAACGGAGUUUAUGGGCAGGAAGGUCGUCACUUUGGCUCCCUAUUGCCUUAAAUCCGGCCUUAAUAACGUUUCAGUGAACACAUCAAUCAAGGCCCUAGCCACGGAGCUAAGGAAGAACGAGGCCUAUGCAUUCAAAGAGGAUGAGAAGAUCCCACGAAACUGGAACCAUGGUCAGGAUACGGAUGUCGAUAGAAAGCCAAGUCUGUGGCCACCAGAGAAUCGAGCUGACAACCCUUCACUGCACAACCCAUUACUCAGGCAAGAAAGAAUGGGAUGUGGUUGGUUAGGUGCCAUAUUCGAAUGGGAAGGUGUCAUAAUUGAAGAUAAUGCAGAACUCGAGAAGCAGUCGUGGCUUGCUCUAGCUCAGGAGGAAGGCAAAUCCUCUCCACCUGGUUUCUUACUAAAGAGGAUAGAAGGGAUGAAGAACGAGCAGGCAAUGUCUGAAGUCCUCUGUUGGUCAAGAGAUCCCUCAGAGCUACGGAGAAUGUCAUCCAGGAAAGAAGACAUCUACCAAGGUUUGCAAGGUGGUGGAAUCUACCAGCUCCGAGAUGGGUCGAAAGAGUUUGUGAAUGUGUUGAUGAAUUACAAGAUACCCAUGGCUCUGGUCUCCACCCGUCCUAGGAAGACACUAGAGAGCGCCAUUGGCAAGAUUGGAAUCGAUGGUUAUUUCAGUGUGAUUGUAGCAGCUGAGGAUGUGCACAGAGGGAAGCCUGACCCGGAGAUGUUUAUGUACGCUGCACAGCUGUUGCAGUUCAUACCUGAGAGGUGCAUUGUGUUUGGCAACUCGAAUCAAAGCGUGGAGGCUGCUCAUGAUGUGAGGAUGAAGUGUGUUGCUGUUGCUAGCAAGCACCCAGUUUAUGAGCUUAGUGCUGCUGACAUGGUGGUGAGGAGGCUAGAUGAGCUGUCGAUUGUCGAUCUGAAGAAUCUUGCUGAUAUCGAGUCGCCAGAGUUUGGGUCUCCUGAGCCGGAGAUGGAGUUGGAAGAGGAAGAUGAUCUUCCAUCUAGGGCAGUAGGAGUUGACGAUAUGUUCUGGUAGUAGCCAGCCAUCCCUGCGAAAAAAAGGCAUGAAAAUUUGUACAGUGCCCCUCCCAUUUGUGGUUGUUCAUGUCAAAUUGUUUGCAUUGAUACAAGGUAGUGUGGUAGCGUUGUCUUCUUUUAUAGCAGCAUGUGAUCUGCUGAUUUGUAAAGGGGAAGAAGGCAAUGGGGGGAAAUAGGAACCAAAAGAAAAAAGGAGGAAACAGUGGGAUAACGAUUUGAAGGCAAAUUAUGCAUUGGAUUUGCCUUGAAAGUGUCAUGUACUUGCACAUCUUCUGUACCAUAUUAUAGAUAUAUAGAUACUGCUGUUGUUCUCCUAACCAGCUCAUUUGCUUGUUCUCUUGUUGAUAUACAUGUUCCUGAUAAUGGUUCCUGAUCAUGUGUAAUAUAUUCAGCGAAGAGGGGAAUGGUGGGGCAAGGCAAUGAUUUGAUUUGGGUGGUAGUAAAGAAGUCGUGGCCUGUUAGGUUUGGUUGAUAGUGAGAGUUGUUUUUAGGCAACUUUUGCUGAUUGAUUUUCCAACGACCUUUCUCCAUGGAUGAUGGUUGGUUGAAGAGGUGUCGACUAAUGCAUCCAAAGUUCCAACCCAUUUUUUUAUGCAUCUAAGGCUCAACAGCGGCACCAAGUGGUUUUAUUUAAUUGUGCUAUCAGUCUAUGACAAAAAAUAAUAAUUAAUAGUCUAUGAUAAAUUUAGAACUCCUAC